AUGUGUAGGGUGCCCAUGUCCCAGGUUGAAAAGUACCUCUUGAAUGGGAUACUUUCGCAACGGGGCUGCCUUGCUAUUCGCUGCUUUAAACCGACCCGUGGCAUGACUUUGCCAUCACUUUACCUGGCUCCCGGGCAAUUCCGCACUGCAUCUUCGACAAGAGCUGCUGGAACGCCAGCUGCAGCACCACCUGCAGUUCCUCUGCGCAAACAGUUGAAAGAAGAGGCAAGGUUGGGCAAGAAGCAAGACAAGAAGAACAAGCCGAAAAGCGCGUCCCAGACGGUCCAUGGUUGGGAGCUGACGGUGGGCAUCGAAAUUCACGCCCAGCUCAACACAGCGCGCAAGCUCUUUUCUCCAGCCACCACUUCGUUCAACGAUGAACCCAAUAGUCAUGUGGCCUUGUUUGACGUGUCAAUGCCGGGCUCCCAGCCUCUUUUCCAGAAAGAAGCGCUCAUUCCGGCUCUCAGAGCUGCAUUAGCUCUGCGUUGCCAGAUUCAACCAGUCAGCCGUUUCGAUAGAAAGCAUUACUUUUGGUGGGACCAGCCAUCCGGGUAUCAGAUUACGCAAUACUACGAGCCCUUUGCCAAGAACGGCCAUAUCACCUUGUCAGCCCGAGAUGGAAUCGCGCUGGAAGAUGGACAAAGCUUUACUGUCGGUAUCAAGCAAGUACAGCUGGAGCAAGACACGGCGAAAACCCUGGCUCAAAUGGGCAAUGUUUACUGGCUGGACUUUAAUCGCGUUGGGAUACCUCUCAUCGAAAUCAUUACGCAACCCGACUUCCAUCAUCCUCGCACCGCUGCGGCUUUUGUGAGGAAAAUCCAGCUAUUGCUCAGCACGGUCGAUGCCUGCGUCUCGGGAAUGGAAGCAGGGGGACUCAGAGCCGAUGUAAACGUGUCGGUCCGCAAAACGGACGAUCCCUCUCGGAAACUAGGCACAAGGACUGAGAUUAAAAACUUGAGCACGAUCAAGGCCAUCGAGGAUGCGAUUAUCGCUGAAAGAGACCGUCAAAUUCGGGAGCUAGAAGCCGGCGUUGCCAUUGUCGGGGAAACACGUGGGUGGUCGUUGGGCUCAAAGGAGACGCGCAGGCUACGUGGCAAAGAGGGAGAAGUGGACUAUCGGUAUAUGCCGGAUCCUGAUAUUCCACCCCUAGUCAUUGGACAGGACUUGAUCGAGGAGCUGGAAGGUUCCCUGGCUGUCUUGCCAGAUGUAGAGCUUGACACCUUGGUUGACGUCUACGGCCUCACACCAAAGGACGCUUUGUCACUGAUUACAUCGGAUAAUGGCGCCCGUGUUCAAUACUUUUACCAAGUAUUGGAUGGCGUCAAGGAGAGGCUCGAAGCGGGCAGUCCAGGACAAGAUUCGCCGCCGUCUCGGGUUCGACCAUAUACCACCCUGGUUGCCAACUGGGUGAUUCAUGAGCUGGGCCGGUUAACAACCUACAAGGCUGGACCCUUGGCCUCGGCAGAACUCUUCUUUACCGAAAAUGGGGAAUGCGCACAGGUUCCCGGAGCCGAUCUAUCACAACUUCUCUAUCACUUGCAUCGCCAGCACAUCACGGGCAAAGUCGCCAAAGAGCUCCUUUUGUCGAUAUACCUAGACGAGAUCAGAGGCGGUGUCACCGAAGCCAUUGAAAACAACAGUCUAUGGUUCGAAGAGAUAUCCGAGGGUGAAUAUCGCCAGCUCGUUGAGGAGGCUAUUGACGGCGAGGAAAAGGUGUUGCGGGAGUUUGUGAGUUAUAAGAAGUUCCCGCAAGGAAAGCUGAUGCAUCUCGUUGGCAAGAUGAUGAGGUUGGGGCCUGCAGAGCGCAUUGAUCCCUCGAAAGCCGAGAUGGCCAUGAGAGCACGAGUUGAAUCGUUGCGGAAGUAA